AUGCCGCGAGAGCUCUCAGCGGCCGGCUAUAUACUGUACAACCACCAUUCCAGCUCAACAACGAUCCCAGAGCGUCACACGACCGCCGAGAACGUGGUGCAGACGGCGAAGGAAGAGGUCAGCAGCCAGAUCAGAGAAGUCUCCUUCAGGCUCGGAAGACAUUCCGAUGUGAUCACGCAAAUUGUACAGUACUCUGCUGUAACUCUCCUCCUUCUUCCCGACCCCACCCUUGAACCUGGAACGGAUGCCAAUUUGUUGCAAAUACUGCUCAUGCUCAUGCUCAUGCUGGGCAAGACGGUAGCUGGGGCACUUUCCAGCUGGAGAGCUGGCGGAUUUCUGUCUAGUCCGCUGGCCCAGGAGCCGGAUGUCCCUGCCGAGCUGGAUGAGUUGGCUCGAGGGUCAAUACAGUACGUACGAUUCAGUGUCACGUGUCUCUCCCUGGGAUCUUCCAGGAUCGUGUUUCCUUCUGCAGCUUAUUAUUAUCCUUACAUAGCAAGAAGAAGUAAUCCACACUCUGACUCUGACUCUGACCACGAGGCGACAAGAGCGAGGGAGGAGGAGAGGAGACGAGACGAGACGAGACGAGACGAGAAGAGAGCAGCCGCCCAAGCCACCAGGAUCAUCAGCCUUCCCACGCGGAGGUACCGACGGCGGUAUACGGUGGUAGACUCGAGUCCCAUACCGUUCAGCGUGCAAGCAGGAGAGCACAAGCCGGAGCAGAAGACCCUGGAUGCAGCCAGCAGCAGUCAGACAGCCAGACGAGACUUCACGAUCGCCUGCAGCAGCAUCCCUGGUGGUAAUAUAUUUUUUUCUGGAGGCGGAGUGGAAAGAAAAUAA